ACAAAGCAAAUUUAGAAACAAAGAUGUCCUGAGCUUACUGGGUUUCUUAACGAACGGAUUGAACCAAAUCCAAUCGCCAAGGUUUUUCAGUUUCCAUAGGAUUCGAUUUUAUCUAAAGGAGAGAAAAAGAAGGUUUGUCGAACUUCCUCUUGUUCGUAAUAUCCUAGGGUUUCUCCAGCUUUUUCAGUCAAUCAACAUCAACGCUUGGUUUUUUUUUUUUUUGGUUUCUAGGGUUCGCUUGUUCGUCAUGUCGGGUUCUGAGGACGACAACAACCUUGGCAACGACGAUGGCGAUUAUUACUUCUGUAACGCGGAGGAUACAGAGGAUGAUGACGAGGGGAUUGCUCUACAAGAAGAUGAAACCGAUAAUCUCCCUAGGUCGCACCAGAAUUAUACUGUUCUGAAAGAAGCGGAUAUACGUCACCGUAUGGAGGAUAGUAUCGGUGAAGUCUCCGGUGUGCUUUCCAUCUCGAAAGUCGAGGCAAGUAUCUUACUCCUUCACUAUAAUUGGAGUGUGGGUAAAGUACAUGAUUCAUGGUUUACUGAUGAAGGUGAAGCCCGUAAAAAGGCUGGCUUGGUUGUGAAACCAUUGAUCGAAUUGCCCGAUCAUGGCGAUAUUCUUUGUAGAAUCUGCUUUGAAUCUUACUCUCGAGAUGGGAUUAAGUCCACAGUGUGUGGGCAUCCUUAUUGCAGUGAUUGUUGGAGUUCUUAUAUUAAAACGGCCAUUGCUGAUGGCCCUGGAAGUUUAUUGCUCAAGUGUCCCGAGCCAUCUUGUCGUGCUGCUGUGGGUGAAGACAUGAUUGGUGUAUUUGCAUCUGAGGAAGAGAAAAAGAAGUAUUCUGGUUACUUUGUUAUGUCAUAUAUCGAAGAUAGCAAGAUGAUCAAGUGGUGUCCUGGUCCAGGCUGUGAAAACGCUAUUAAUUUUGAUGCUGGGAGUACAAAUUUCGAUGUUUCUUGUGCUUGCUCUCAUUUGUUUUGCUGGAAUUGUAGUGAAGAAGCUCAUCGUCCUGUGGACUGCGAAACUGUGAGAAAAUGGAUAAUGAAGAACAGCUCGGAGGCUGAGAAUGUGAAUUACAUUCUAGCUUUUACCAAGCCUUGUCCCAAAUGCAGAAGACCAAUCGAGAAAAACAUGGGUUGUUCCCACAUGUCAUGUAUGGCACCUUGCUAUUAUCAAUUUUGCUGGCUAUGCCUUAAAGAUUGGAGCAAUCAUGGUGCUUGUAAUCGUUAUAAUCAGGAUCCCGAAGAGGAAAGAAGAGAGAAGGCAAAGAAAUAUAUGAUGAGAUACUCUCACUACUUUGAACGUUGGGCGACCAAUCAAAAGUCAAUGAAAAAGGCUGCUGCCGAUAUGGAAAAUGUGCAAAGCAAUCAGUUAGAGAUUCUUGCUCGCAUUCAACUCCUACCUGAGACUCAAUUCAGUUUUCUAACAGAGGCUUGGCAACAGAUAGUUGAAUGUAGAAGGGUGCUUGCAUGGACAUAUGCCUAUGGGUACUACUUGCCUGAUCAAGACCCGGCUAAAAGGAACCUGUUUGAGUACUUGCAAGGUCAGGCUGAGUCUGGCUUGGAAAGGCUUCAUGAUUGCGCAGAGAAGGAGCUUCGACCAUUCCUGAAAGAUCAGCACCCGGAAAAUGAAUUCAUCGACUUCCGUAAAAGGCUUUCUGUGCUCACCACGGUGACUAGGAAUUACUUUGAUAACUUGGUCACAGCUUUAGAGAAUGGACUAUCUGAUGUAAAAUCCCAGAAUUCUUCAAGUGUCUCAAAGAAACCCAGAAGGGAAUCGACAAUGAAUACUGCUGAUGCUGCUGAUGUUGUUGCUGGAGCUCAAAUCUUGACUACACACAUAAAGGCUUCCUUUUCCGAGGGACCAUGGGUUUGUCCCUAUUGUAGCUAUAGAAACAAUGGUUCUGCCACGUCUUGUGGAAUGUGUGCAAGACGAGGUACUUGGGCUUGUGACCACUGCACCUUCGCCAAUACGAGGACCGCCACAACAUGUUUCAUGUGUCUCGAACCCCGGCAACCUUAGAUGAAUCUAAAUGGGUGUAAUGUCUAUUGAAUUUUUCUAGUUCCAAACUUUUUUUAGGAUUUCAUCCACGGAGAUGAUCGGUAACAGGAUUUCAUGUCCCAGAUUAGCGAGGAAUCGCUCUUAUCAAAUAAAAUCUUUUCCUUUUCUAUU